GCGGAAGAGGCCACAGUGACCCCAUGGGGGUAGGAGGGGGUGCGAGCGGAUCCCUCCGAUGUCCCCCCCCAGGUCCCGAUGUCAUCGCAGAGGACCCCGGUGCUGGAGCCGGGCUGGCUCCUGACCCCCGCCGCCCGGCCCUACCUGGGCUCCAUCGUGCACAGGAACCGGCGCCGGGUGUUCGGGCUGCUGGAGCACCCGGUGCUGCCCCCCGGCCUCGCCGUCCCCUUGGUCCCCUACAAGCUCUUCCUGCACGGCAAGAGCGGCGUCGGCAAGAGCGCGCUGGUGGCCUGGCUGGCGGGGACCCCUGUGCCCCCCGUCCACCACGAGACCCUCGGCAUUGAGGUGACCACCGUGUAUUGGCCCGCCAAGGCGUGCGCCAGCGGCCGCCCCGUCCUGUUCCAGCUCCGGUUCUGGGAUUGCGGGGAUGGAGCCAUGAGGAAGUUUGAGCAUCUCCUGCCCGCCUGUAAGGAGGAGGCAGACGCCGUCCUCUUCCUGUUCUCCUUCACCGACCGCGCGUCCUUCGAGGAGCUGCCGGCGCAGAUGAGCCGGGUGAUGGAUCCCGAUGGAGCGGGGCUGGUCAGGGUGGUCGUGGGCACCAAAUUUGACCUGUCCCCACACGCGGAUGUGUCGGAGCAGGACGUGGCCGCCUUCGAGGAGGUGCACGGGGUGCGGGUGCUGCGGGCGGGCAGCACCCCGGGGGGGGCCAGGGGGGACCGGGGGGGUCUGGCCCGGGUCAGCCCCAUCCUCGAUGCCCUGGUCGAGAGCCUCUGGCACCGGGACCAAAUCGCUGCCGGUGUCGCCCCAGAGGGUGAGGGGUCCCCCCCAAACUGAACCCCCUCUUUAUUGGGGGGGUCCUGCGGCGUCAGGGGCCCCUCAUUGUGGUCUCUGGGCUCGGGCAUGCCCUGGGUGGGAAAGGAGGUGUUUUAAACAAAAUCCAUGUUUUUUUUCAGCAAAAAUA